AUGGCUUCUUCUAUUCCCGACUUCCUGACCAAUAUGACCCUCUCAACCUCCCCUCAAAUCUCGUUUGAACAAGCCGACAAUCUCCUGUUACAAGCUCUGGAGCUCAGACAGGAAGCCGUUGAACUACAAGCUCGAAUUGACGCUCUCAACGAACGAGCUGAUGUCCUUAAGACUACUGCAACCGGUCUUCAAGCUAUUGCAGCCCAGGAUCGUGCCAUUAUUCAAGCAAGAUUCGACCUUGCAGUCGAACUUCACACCAACUUCGUUCUCAUCUAUGGGCCUGCUACAAACAAAAGCCUUCGUUUUCAACAAUUGGAACAUCGUGUUGAGGAUGGUCUGGCCACCAUGGAAGAGUUGGAGAACUUCUUCGACGACUUGCAGUCCUCAAGUGUCCCGGGACGCUCCGAGCGCUCCAGAGCUCCAGAACCAGAGACUCCCGACACUGCCUCUAUCGUAGUUCCGUCCGUCGAAGGUGCCCGGACCGCACAGGACACUCCCUCUCAUGCUGCACCACUCCAUAAGCGAAAACACUCUUCAUCUGCCGGAGGUGCCAAUUCAGCAAAGCGCCUCAAACAGAAAGGUGAUGCUGAAGGUGGCCCCUCGAAUGUCGUCUCAAUGCCAGGAAGCUCGCAGGGCGCUGUUCCGGCCACAUGGACAAUCACUGAUGCUGAAGGUGGCCCCUCAGACGCCGUGCCACGCUUGCCUCAAGAGUCUACUGAGCAACAUGGACGCCGACCUUCAGUUGAACUUGGAUCUAAUUACCACGCCGAUGGUGCAAAAGAAAUAGGCUACGAUGAAACUAAGGAGCGAAGAUAUAAAAGCAAGAGCAGGCAACGCAGAAAGCUUCUUGCAAUUGCAAAGGCACAGGUUGGAACUGAAAGCACACAAAGCCCCACGCUAUGA